CUGAAAGGAAAUGUCGGCCGGCCAGGAAGACUAAUUUCGCAGGCCCCUUUUUUUUCUUUUCUAUAUACGGAGCAUGUAUAUAUAUACAGCGGAAACCCAUAUAUAAAAUCUGCGUCCGUGUGAAGAUAAACGAAGAACCAUCACAUCGCCAGAAACAGAGCAAAAAGAAAGAGUGUUGAAGAAAAGGGUUAAUUAAUUCAUAGAAUUAAUCGGAGAUGGUGAGAGCUCCUUGCUGUGACAAAACGGGCCUGAAGAAAGGCCCAUGGACCCCUGAAGAAGACCACAUUCUCGUCUCCUACAUUCAAUCCAAUGGCCAUGCCAACUGGAGGGCUCUUCCUAAACUUGCCGGGCUGUUGAGGUGUGGGAAGAGUUGCAGACUGCGGUGGACGAAUUACCUCCGGCCGGACAUUAAAAGAGGGAAUUUCACUAAGGAAGAGGAAGACUCCAUUAUCCAUUUACAUGAAACUCUCGGUAACAGAUGGUCAACAAUAGCAGCCAGAUUACCAGGACGAACUGACAACGAAAUAAAAAACGUUUGGCACACCCACUUGAAGAAGAAGCUCAAAGAUUAUCAACCCAACCACAAGACUACCACUCCACGCGACAAAAACCCAAACCCGAAACCCGAAAAUUCAAAUGUGACCGAAGUUCAGCACAAUGUCACUAGUCCCGUUAGUUCCCCGUCCUCUCCGAGGCCAUCAUCGAGCGAAAUGUCGUCCUUAACCGAUUCGGUUGGUUGGUCGGAGACGCCAACGAAGCGGGAAGACGGGAAUUCAUCGGAGUACUUUCCUCCGAUCGACGAGAGCUUUUGGACGGAGGAUGUAACGGAUUUUACACGGGUAGAAGAACCAGAGGAGUUUGAGUCCCUUGGCAGCUUGGAUAAUUGUACAGAAAAUAUGGAUGGGAUGGUGUACCCGUCAAAGACUAGGGAUGAAGAUUUGGACUUUUGGUAUGACAUUUUUAUUAGAGCUGGUGAUGUACUAGAGUUGCCACAGUUCUAAUGCAUUUUGGGCUACGUUGUAUCAUAAUGAUAGUUAUUAUUAUGUGUAUUUUCCAUAAGGCAAAAAACUUGUCUAUCACAACAUGUUAAUCCAUCAGCCCUUUCAAAGGCGUAUAAAUACAAACUCAAACAUAUAGUUUUAGACUAUUAUUAACCAAAGUUACUUCCAAGUUCCAAC